UUUUAAAAAAAUAAAAUCACUUUGUUCCUUUGUACCCAAAAAAAUUGUUUCGUUCCUUACACACGUAACAGAAAAGUAGAAAACCUUUAUUCUCUUCAACAACUACAAUGGCUUCAAUCUAUAGCUGUGUAGAAUGCGGCACCAACCUCAAUCUCAACUCAACCCACGCUUACCCACCCGAUUUCUACUUCGAAGCAGGAAACAAAAACUCCAUUUCCUUCUCCACAGUAGAUUCCACCAAAUUCAAAUUCGAAAAAGAAGAUAAGAUUCGUCCAUUCUUCGAAACACUCAACUAUUGGGGAAUUCAAAGAAAGAGAACUAAAAUCAAAUGCAAUAGUUGUGGUAAUCUCGUUGGUUAUAUCUAUGAUGAUGGUCCACCUCUUACCGAUUCUCCCGGUCAGUUUCAUAUGGGUCCCAGUCAAGUUAUCCCUAGAGCUCCUAGAUUUAGGUUUAAAUCCAAAGCACUUCGAAUCACUUCUACCUGAAAUUGAAACUCAACACAAUUAUUUUAUUCACUUGUGUAUUAUCAUUUUCUUUAUAUUCAUCUUCACUGUUAAUAUUUUUUAUUAUAUAUAGUUGGUGUAAUAUUUGA